CUGAGCAAAAUGACGGACACUGAAGAUGUCAGUGAGCUAUUGUUUUUUGACACUUUUUCCCAUGAAUCAGAUGCGGACAUAAAUUUGGAUCUGGUGCAAUUUCCCAAGCCGGUCUUUAUCACACAGGUGCGCAUUAUACCACUGGGUGCCCGUGUCCAGGCAGACUUCCCGGGUGGCGUACGUUUGGGUGCCACCAAUCCCUCAAAAUUUGACAUUGAAUUCUUUGUCAACGAUUUGGGUAUGCCGGGUGCAUCAACCUUCGAAAACUUGGGCCAGCUGCAGUAUAAUCAAAACGACUGCAUACAUUUGGAAUGUACCCAGGAAAAGAUACCCACCGACGGGUUGGUAUUGCGAGGCUGGUAUAAUACUAUUACCUUGGCGGUUUAUGGUAUAUUGACAAAUUCCUUGACGGAAAAUAUUGCCAGUCCACCGGCGGCACCAUGUGAGCCGGAAGAUAUGGAAGAGAUUGCUCCGAAUCUAAGUGGUGAGGCUAGGAAUAGCAGCCUGCAAGAUGAGGAGAUGAAGGAGGAGUGGAAGGAACCAUUACCGGGUGAGCUACCGGUGGUUGCAGCUGCUCACGGGCAUGAACGUGAAGAUAUCGAUUAUGAGGGUAUGCGUAGUCGUGGUCUAUCAUCAAGUGGUGGUGCUGAACACUAUCGUCGGGAUUCGGGUGAUGAACGAGGCGAGAGGAGGGCAAGAAAGUCUUCGAGGUCGUCGGAAAGAUCACCGACAUCAUCGCGUAAUCGUUGUCAUUCCGAGAGUAAUGAUAGAGAAUAUAUACGUACUCGUGAUCGAGAUAGGGAGACAAGGGAACGGGAGAAGAACAUGAGGGAUUGGUCACGCAGCCCUGUCUACGGUCAUAGAUCAAGAAGAAAACGUUCUGAACGUUCACGUUCCGAUAUUGAAGAUGCACACAAAUGGCCGCGUACUCCGCCCGCAACAAUUGUUUCACCGGCCCGGCCACGUUCCCCAGAUUAUAGUGAUGAAGAGUCGGCCCAUUACAAGUCAUCCAAGGGACGUAAUUAUGCCCGCAGAUCAUCGGAAUCAUUGGAUGCUGUGGCCACCUGCAAUGAAAAUCCUGAGACGACAUUACCCGAGGAAGAAGAAACCCCCGGUACACCUGUAGAACAAUAUGAACCCAUUCUCAGUGAUGAUGAGAUCUUAGACGAUGAACCCGAUGACGAUUCUAAUACCAAUGAUGAUCAGGCCCAGGCAGCAGAUGAAUUUGAACAAGAAAUUCAAUUGGCUGCGGCCCAGGCGAAACCGGCAAUUAUUGAUUUUAAUCCCUAUAGCCAACCUGUGCAGAAGUUCAAUGAAAGUUUUGUUAAACAAUAUGACAAAGAUGUAGAAGUUUUCCAGACGCUGUUAAACAAAUAUGCGGCACAAACAAAAUGUGAAACAUUGUCGGGAUUCAAAGACCCCAGCACAAGUGCUGAAGAGAAGGAAACUUUUGUCUAUUUGUGUGAACAAUUUAUCAAUCAAUUGUCUUAUGUCUCUUCGGAUUAUAAACGUAGAGAUUAUAUUUUCCACGAGCUAUUCGGCAAGAAGGAAAAUUUAAAAUUGGUUUACAACAUUCUAUUGGUGGCUUUGGAUUUUGAGGCUGCCUGCGCCCAACCCCAACCAGCAUUUAAAAUACGACACAUAAAGACCGGGGCAAGAUUAAUGGAACUACUGGCUCCUUGUGCCACGCUCUUUGAAUAUUUAUUGAACACAGUUAGCUAUGAUCCAUUUAAAGCCAUAUUGGUGUUGUAUCAUCAAAAUUAUAUGGCCUUAUCCAUAAAGCUGUUGCUGCUAAAGGCCAUCUACUCGCUACUGGAUACCAAGCCAGCCCUGCAAUAUUUCCUCUCCCCAGCCGUGGAUGGUUAUCAAUUAAUUCUCGAUUUGUUACAUAGCUCAAAGCUAACGCGUACCAAAUACUUCCUGCAAUCCAUUAUUAAAAAACUCCAUUUGAAUGAGGCAUUGGCAACAAUCAGGGAGACCUGUACAAAUCUCUUUGUCCUAACCAAUUAUGAACCAUCCAGCAUGGAACCUUUUAGCAUUUUGGAAUCUGCAGUAUUGCAAGUCAUUGAUGCUUUACAUGAAAAUUGUCUUUCCUACCAACAGCCGAGAAGAUUUUUACCCGUCUCCAAGAAAUUUGAAAUUUCUCUGGACUCAUCGGCUCAAAGAAGUUUUGCCAAUUUUUUACGUUCAUAUUUUAAUCAUCAUACCUUGGCGGAAUCUCUGCUUUUGUUGUUGAGUAAUUGUGACACUUUGCCAUCUUCAUUGGUUUUGGCAAGUUUGGAUCUGCUGCAAGCUCUAUUGUCUACCCACAUUGGUAUUGACUAUUUGGUGGAUGAUGGUUUCGAAGUGGCUCAAAUGUUGGUGGCCAUACUUUUGGGUAUUGAAGAUAUACCCUCACCGGAAAUGGAAGAUGUUGCUGAACCCGAUGAGGAGGAGGGGGAGGAUGCUGAAAUGAAACCGGUAGACUCGGAAACCAAACCCUCAGAGGAAGAUGCUAAAAAAUCUCCCGCAGCAACGAAGGAAUCAACCACAACAGAUGCCACGGCAUCAACUACAGACAACGCCGAUAACAAAUCCAACACCGAUACCGAAACCGCCAUGGAACUCGUGGAGAAUGAAGACAUCCAGGUGAUGGCACAAAAGCACUGCAAACGUUCCUAUGAAGAUCAAUUUAUAAAAUUGGGAAUUGAAUUAUCCUACAAAGUGCAGACGCGCUAUCAUCUUGAUGCGAUUAUCUUCUAUUCCACAGUGGCGGAACCCUAUGAUGCCGCCACAUUGGCCACACAUUUACAUGCCCUAUAUUCGCAGACCUGUAAUGCCGAUGGCCGACAAUAUACCGUGGAAGUUAUUGGCCUAAAUAACCAACUGCACAUUUUUAUGGAUCUGAUAAAACAAGAACAACGUUUACAGGCCCAACGGCAACUCUCAAGCCCCGGUGCCAAAUAUAAAAGUCCUGUACUCAGUUAUGCUGUCGAUAUGGUCGACUGCUGUGUACGCUAUUGUGAAAAUCUGGAUUAUCUAAUUGAGUUCGGCAAACGCAUACUCGAAUUGGCGAAGAAUCAUGAAACAUUUGAACCAUCCGUUUCGGCUGUAUUACAAGAGCUAUUUGUCUAUUUGAAACCCAUAGAGGUGACAAAUAUUUUCUCCUAUGAUGAUAUAACACCCUUGGUAGAGGUUAUCACCCGAUCCAUGGAAUAUGUUACCACAUUCCCAGGUGAUUUAAUAAUGGGUUUGAGAAUUUUACGACAUUUGGCAAUUGGUCCUGUGUCAAGACUCUAUAAAUCAGCCGAUACUGAGGAGUUAAAACAUCGUUAUGUCGCCUUACAAUUCUAUGCCGCAGAUGGUAUACAAACCCUAUUGCAGAUUUUAGAAAAACUUUGUGCAUAUUUUGAACAACCUGGACUCCAUACACCAUCACUGAUGACCAUUCAGGGUAUCCAUUGUUGUCAAAUUAUUCUGCCCACAUUGCAGAUUUUACGAGAAAUGCUAUCAUUUGCCAUUCAAUGUCGUGAUGCAGAAUUUAAAGAUUUAACCGCCAUCGAUCAUUUAAUGCGUACCUAUUAUUUAAUGCAUUAUUUCCCCAGUAAUAGUCCUGCAGCAGCUGAAGUGGAAAAAUCGAAAUAUGAAAUAAUACAAACACUUCUUGCGUACACGCAACCCAAUGAACUGCAUGAAGAGUUAUUGCACAAGUCAUUGUGGACUCAAAUGAUACGAGAGAUAUUGAAGAAUAUCGAUAGUCCAUCAACAUUUAUACCAGGCCUCCUAGUAUUGGCAGAAUUAUUACCCCUCCCGCUGCCUGUACCAUUACCGCAAACCGAUGCUAAUACACCCAGUGGUGAGAGCCUCAAAACAAAAGCACAACGUUUACUUACCGAACGUAAGCUAUGGUCAGCACAUCUACAUCCCCAGGGGGCGCAAAUUGCCCGGCUAAUUGAAGCUAUGGCUCCCUCUUCAUUCCCACAGCUAAGUGAUCUUUUGACACGAGUAUGUCUCCAAUUGGCCGAUUUGGCACCCAAUAUGACACUAUUGAUUUCGAAGACCUUUAGCGAUUUACUAUGCAAUGAAUGGACUUCCGCAGGACAACAACCAUCAGCACAGCUAUCACGUCUCCUGGCAUUUUAUGCCCGUCUCAAUGUUUAUCCAUCAUUGAAGAUAUCCACCUUAUCUAUUUUAUCGGGCAAGUUAUGGGAUUUAUUCCACCAAUUGCUGUUACUUAAAAAUCCCUCCGAGGUUGGUAUUAAAUGUCAAAUUUCGGUACAUCGUCUAUUGGAAAGUUUUUUGGAUACCGAAGUUUCUUUCAUUGCCACCAAAAAUGUUUUGGCCAAUAACAAUACAAAUCAUUUGCUGAACUUGGCUUCGGCCCUGCCCAACAAGGAAUUGAUACCGAAAAUUGCUGAUGCCCUUUUCGGCAAUUUAAUGCAGGCCGAUGUUAAGCAAGGUGAAAUCGCCACUUUGGCUCUGAGGAAUAUGAUAAUUCUCACCGAUCAUGAUAUUACCUUUUAUCAUUUGUCCACGGUAUUGAAGCAGAAGAAGGCGGAAUUUCAAGAAUGGUUAACAAAAUUAACGGAAACAAAUGAUGCGACUACAACCCCGGUGGCCUAUAAUCCCAAUGUAGAAUCCUUGAUAUUGCUACUACGUUCCAUGACACAAAUUGAAGAUCUGAAUCAGCAGUACAGCUAUAUACCACCAAGGACAUUGAAAUUGUCGCCCCAAGAAUUGGCCAUGAUAAUUGGAUUUAAUCGGGAAGAAGAGAAAACGAUUAUAGAUCGUUUGUUGGCGUUGUUGGAAAAGGGUGAGGUGGCAGCUGAAGUGAAUGUAUCCUUAAAAAGUGAUUUACAGCAGCUAAAGGAAAUGUUAAUCUCCAGCGAUGUGGUUAUGUCUUCGGGUAACGAUGAAGAAUCUGUGGCGUCCGGAAAUGAACUGAACAAUGAACCCACUUUACCCCAAACUGAAAGUAUUGUUUCCCAAUAUGAUGCCCGGCCCGUGUUUACCGUCUACGAUCCAUUGAAUGGUGAUGAUUAUCAAAUGACCAGCGAUUAUUGGCUGCAGGCCCUAAACAUUGAUGACCUCACCACGCAGGACUUUGAGACACAAUAUGAACGGGUUACAUGUGAUCUGACAGAAUUGGCCCAAUCCUGUCUCACACCGGAGUGUAAUUUAUCCUCCGAUUGCAAGAGGGUUUUACAUUUGUCCGCAUCACCACAAUCGAAUCGUGAACGCACACCCACAGCACCCUGUUUCCGUACCCGACGUGUUGAGGUGGAACCCAGCACUGGAAGGCCGGAGAAGAAAAUCUUUGUAACCUCAAUGCGUGGCAGAGGUUAUGCCCGGCCACCACCUUCCCGUGGAGAUUUGUUCCGUUCACGUCCACCCAAUACAUCACGGCCACCCUCCCUGCAUGUUGAUGACUUUUUGGCUUUGGAGACAUGUGGAGCCCAACCCACGGGACCCACAGGCUACAAUAAAAUACCACCAUUGAUGCGUGGUUCUCGUGUUGGACGUAAUCGUGGUUCUAGGAUAUCAGCUGCGGUGGCCUAUCGCAAGACGAAACUUAUACGCACCAAUUCUCCACUGACAUGGAGUGAAAAUGGUCCCCCCUCACACUAUCGUUCCAAUGAUUCUCAUUUUGGUGGAGGGUCUUCGGGUGAACCCCAUUAUGUCACUUCACAUUUUACCGGGCGUAUAAGAGGUCGUGGCCUAAGGUCAAGACCAUAUAUGCGUUAAAACA